GAUGAGUGAUGAUAAGAUAUCCUGAUGUCUGACUAUUGAAGGUGUUGCCACUAGUCAGACUGGACAGACUGGUCAUUGCCAUGCAUUCCUUGCUGUCUGUCAGGUUCACCACUCUGCAGCAGCUCUAUAAGAUGCCACGCUGCCCGGCAAACCCAUCACUUAACUCAACCCUGCUCCUUCAUCCUCGCAGGACAGUAAGAGGCUGAAGUCAUGUCGGAAAAGAUGGUUGCGACCCAGCCCCGGCCCUUCAUCAUGACCACUGUGUCCAAUGAAUGGACUUCUGGCAUCUGCGAUUGCUUCCAAGACCUGCCCCAGUGUUGCUUUGCCUUUUGGUGUUUUCCCUGCUUCGCCUGUAAGACUUCACACGAGGCCGGAGAGUGUCUAUGUUUACCUCUGCUGGACUCUUUUGGAGUCAUCCCUCCUAUAACCACGGCCCUCAGGGUGUCAGUACGCCAACGAUAUGGCAUUGAGGGUACAAUCUGCAGGGACUGCGUGUACGCCUUCUUCUGUGGGCCCUGCUCCUGGUGCCAAAUAUCAAGAGAAAUCAAAACGAGGACAAAUCCCAUGGCCUUCGUCAGUAACACGGUCUGAUGAGAACAAAGAUUACAUUUACAAUCCCGUCAUCAUUAUUAACAUGAACGUCAUCACCGUCACCGACAGUUGGGCAACAUCAGUGCUUUUCACGCUGUUUGGGAUAAGAGAGGGCUACUACGGCUGAUUUGAGAUCUGUUUCAAGCACGUCUGCCUCUGAGGAAUGUCACUAAUGUUGCGUCACUUAAUGACAGAAGAAAGAGAUAAGCAGACACUUGGCCUCUGUGACUUCCUGUGAACUAUCAGUGACAGCUAGUGGUGUACUGAUAAUUAUUCUGGGUAAACUCUAACCUUUCGCUCUCUCUCUUCUCCUGCAACUUCAAAGAUGCUUCUGUACCUUUCUAUUUAUUGGUCCCCAGUAGCGGUUCUUUUCCUUUAGAAGUAUGUAUAUGUUUCUGCAUUGGCUCAUUUUCACUUGUUAUAUGGAAAGCUAGAGAAGGCCGCUGUACUGAAAACAUAGCUACUCAGUCCACCACUUUGGUCCAGACUUAGAUAUCUCAUAUUGCAUGUAAAUUUGGUGUAGAUAUUAAUGAUCCCAGAGGAUGAAUUCUAGUUACAUUAGUGAACCUUUGAAUUGUCAUCUAUAGCGCCACCAGCAGGUUGUCAUUUUCACAAAAAUGUCUGACACCAGAAGAAGUUUGAGAACCCCUGGCCUGGCUGUAAACUCUUUGUUUUGUUGUUACUUUGACUCAACACUUAUUUCCCUACAGACUUUUCAUUAUAAGGGUGUGCAGCUCUGUUUUUAUUGCUGGAACUUUUUCGUGUCAUUCAUAUUCAAGUAUUUUGCAUUUAAAACCUGU